CCACGCGCCGUCCAGGAUGAGCCCGCGCUACUUCAUGCGCUCGCUGCUGCUGCUCAUCCUCGCCGCCUUCUCGGCCAACGCCAGCAACUGGCUAUAUUUAGCAAAGCUUUCUUCAGUGGGAAGCAUCUCGGAGGAGGAGACCUGUGAGAAGCUCAAGGGCCUGAUCCAGCGCCAAGUGCAGAUGUGCAAACGGAACUUAGAAGUCAUGGACUCGGUGCGCCGGGGGGCACAGCUGGCCAUUGAGGAGUGCCAAUUCCAGUUCCGCAACCGCCGCUGGAACUGCUCCACACUAGACAGCCUGCCGGUCUUUGGCAAGGUGGUCACACAAGGGACCCGAGAAGCUGCCUUUGUGUAUGCAAUUUCCUCUGCCGGUGUUGCCUUUGCUGUGACGAGGGCAUGCAGCAGUGGAGAACUUGACAAAUGUGGCUGUGACCGCACAGUGCAUGGGGUCAGCCCUCAGGGCUUCCAGUGGUCUGGCUGUUCCGACAACAUUGCCUACGGGGUGGCCUUCUCACAAUCUUUUGUCGAUGUGAGGGAGAGGAACAAAGGGGCUUCUUCCAGCAGGGCACUCAUGAACCUUCAUAACAAUGAAGCUGGAAGGAAGGCCAUCCUCAACAACAUGCGGGUGGAAUGCAAGUGCCACGGUGUCUCCGGCUCCUGCGAGGUGAAGACCUGCUGGAAAGCCAUGCCUCCUUUCCGCAAGGUGGGCAACGUGCUGAAGGAGAAGUUCGACGGGGCUACAGAGGCUGAGCAGAGGAAGGUCGGCUCCACCAAAGUGCUGGUCCCCAAGAAUUCCCAGUUCAAGCCACACACAGACGAGGACCUGGUCUACCUGGACUCCAGUCCCGACUUCUGUGACCACGACUUAAAGAACGGCGUCCUGGGCACGAGCGGCAGGCAGUGCAACAAGACCUCCAAGGCCAUCGACGGCUGCGAGCUGAUGUGCUGCGGCCGCGGCUUCCACACGGACGAGGUGGAGGUGGUGGAGAGGUGCAGCUGCAAGUUCCACUGGUGCUGCUUUGUCAAGUGUAAACAGUGCCACCGAGUCGUGGAAAUGCACACUUGUCGGUGACAUGGGAAGCGAAGCCCUCUGUUUGACCCUUAGGGCUGACGGAGGCGGGCCCAGAGACUGCGUGGGAGAGGAGGGCCUUGGGCUACCCGGCGGGAGUCGCUGCAGGAGGAAACUUUUUUUCUUAAAGGAAAAAUAUUUAAAGUUCCAAUAAUGAUUGUAUUUUUGGAGGGUGGAGGUCGCUUGGCUCUUGGUCUGCUUUAUUUAUUGCCCAAACCAGAAACCAUUUCUUCUGGACUGGGCCUAUUCUACUCCAUGGUGCCGUGGGGAAAGGCUGGU